AGCAAGCACGAGCGAGCAGCCAUUACGGGGCUGUGUUAUUUUUUUUUUUUGCAUACAGUUUCACACGCGAUCGAAAGGCCAUAAAGGAAGGAGCUUAGCAGUGUGCUUACCUGUUCUUAUGUGUGGGGGUGACUGGGGGCCCUUCCUUGACUGUCACCUGGGGAUUUCUUUGGUAUCAGGGUAUCGGGUUGUUACUUCUUUUUGCUUCAUUUCUUUUUCUUUUUUCCACUUUUAUUUCUGUAUUUUGAAAGAAAAGAAAUGACUGUUAAUCCUGAAUACCUGGUGCUGCUUUUCACCGCGACGUCCGGAGCGAGCGGAGAGCUGUUAGGCUCAGACGAGAAGGAGAUUAUUCAGCUGGUGUGGCAGGUCUUACAUUUAGGCACUAAACAGACUGGUGCAGUGAAUGAAGUGCUGGUGAAGCCGGAGUGUGUGGACCUGAGCGAGGAGAGCAGAGAGAUGAGCGGCCUGAGUGAGGAGGCCCUCGCUGCUGCUGCUCCACUGGAACAAGCUCUCAGUCAGUUUAACCAAAGGUUGCACUCAGAAAUAAGCACAAGUUCAGAGAACUCCUUCUGUCUCUGCACGGAUGGCCAGCUUCACCUGCGUCAGGUUCUACAUCCGGAGGCUUCUAACAAGAACAUCCCAAUGGCCGAAUGUUUUUACUCAUUUUUUGACUUGCGGAAAGAGUUCAAGAAGAAUUUCCCAUCUGCAGCUGAUCUGAAGGACUUGGAUCUUAAGUUUAUGGCAGAUUACCUGAAUGUGGAGGUGGAUUCUGUUAACUUUACUGCACUCAAGGUUCAUCAGAUGUCCAGCAUUGCUCUAGCACUCAUCUCGGAGCCUGUCUGUCCAAUGUUUUCAGUCCCUGAGAAAGUAAAUGAGAAGUUUGAAACUGGUCCAUGCAGCAAGAUGGAGCGGAUAGAUGACAAUGCUGUGAUCAGGGCCCGAGGCCUUCCCUGGCAGUCAUCAGACCAGGAUGUUGCACGCUUCUUUAGGGGUCUUAACAUUGCCAAAGGGGGUGCUGCUCUGUGCCUGAAUGCUCAGGGGAGAAGGAAUGGUGAAGCACUCGUACGGUUUGAGAGUGAAGAACAUCGGGACCUGGCGCUGCAGAGACAUAAACAUCAUAUGGGCUCAAGAUACAUUGAGGUUUAUAAAGCAACUGGUGAAGACUUCUUAAAAAUAGCAGGAGGCACCUCUAAUGAAGUCGCAAAAUUCUUGUCACGGGAGAACCAGGUGAUUGUACGCAUGCGGGGGUUACCGUUUACUGCCACAGCUGAGCAGGUGCUGCAGUUCUUCUCUCCAUCAUGCCCAGUGACGGAUGGCACAGAGGGUAUUCUAUUUGUGCGCUUCCCUGAUGGCAGGCCCACCGGGGACGCGUUUGUCUUGUUCUCCUGUGAAGAGUAUGCAGAGAACGCACUGAAGAAGCACAAGGAAAUCCUGGGCAAGAGGUACAUCGAGCUGUUCAAGAGCACAGCAGCAGAAGUGCAACAGGUUUUGAACAGAUAUUCUUCGGCUCCACUAAUUUCAGUGGCCCCCUCACCUAUCCUGCCCAUAAUGGCCCAGCCUGCAUUUUUGCCAUCACCAGUUGCUGGCAUAGCUGGAACGAGAGACUGUCUGAGACUGAGAGGUCUGCCAUAUGACGCUAAUGUUCAAGACAUCUUGCUAUUCCUAGGCGAAUACACGGCUGAUAUUAAACCACAUGGAGUACACAUGGUUCUCAAUCAGCAGGGUCGUCCAUCAGGUGAUGCGUUCAUACAGAUGCGGUCAGCGGAAAGGGCACAUGCCGCAGCUCAGCGCUGCCACAAGCGCAGCAUGAAGGAACGCUAUGUGGAGGUAUUCGCCUGCUCAGCACAGGAGAUGAACGUGGUGCUAAUGGGUGGCUCGCUCUCAAGGAGCGGCCUUUCGCCGCCGCCAUGUAAGUUACGACGUCUCUCUCCUGCGUCUUACUCCUUCCCUCCUGCGGGGGCUUUACUUCCUGCUGGAGCAGUGCUUCCUGCAGGGGCAGUUCUUCCUCUGGAGACAGCAGCUCUUUACCCCUCCCAGUUCCUGCUGAGUCCCCGCCCACUAGCACAAGCUCCAUUCUACCCAGCUAACAACCAGAUGUAUGUAAACUACACCGCCUACUAUCCAAGCCCCCCAGGCUCUCCACCCAAUGUUGGCUUCUUCCCGGCAAAUGCACACCCACCUGGCUCUGUCCUCCCCAACCCACAUGCAGCACUGAUCAGGAUGCAGAGCCACACCUCCACUCAUUCCUAUACUGGAGUAAAGGAAAUUCUCAGUAUGGUGCAGGCUUAUCAGCCCAGCAACAGUGAAGCCUUGGUUACUCUGCCCCCCCUGCUCUCAGCCAAACAACCUAUUGCAGAUCAGAGUCUCGGAGGAGGAGCCUAUCUGGACUUGCAGUUAAUAUAGGCUGUGCCAGUCAUGAAGCCACAUCCCUUUAUUGUAAAAGUUUUGCCCUCGGAAACAUAGCAUGUAUUGUCUUUCUAGCUAUUUAUGUGAACUUAAAAAAAAAAAAAGACUAUAUUUGACUUUUUUUGUAAAUAUUGCACACUGCAUUAGUAUGAGUUUAGUAAUAUUCUACUCAUAGACAAGUAGUAGAUCUUGUCAGAGUUCUCUGUGCCUUUGUUUUGAGUGUGUGUGUGUUUAUGUGUGUGUGUAUGUGUGUGUGUGUACAUAUUGGAAAGAAUAAUCGCUCAGGAAAAAGUGAAAUCAGAAUGAGCAUUCUUUUGCCAUCUGCAUUGAAUCAACCUUCUAUUAUUCCAUUUUUUUUACCAAAUAGUUAGAAAAAUGCACAUCUUUCUGUAGAGGUCUCUAGGAGUGAGUGUGGUUGUGUGUGUGUGGUUGUGUGUGUGUGUUACUGGCUUGUUCAGUUUUCACAUAUUCUGAUUUGAAUGUUUGUCUGCAUGUACGAGUGUUUGUGCCUUUAUCCCAGCCGAUGUGACUCUACAGAUAGUGUGUGGCAAUGCAUAUAGAUGUACUGAAGCUUGACUCUGCUUUUUUUAAAUUUUUAUUUUAUUUUUUUUCCUCUUCCUUUUUUUUUGAACCUUCCAUGAUGAAGUUCAAAGAGCUAUGUAACAUGAAAUGUUUACAAGAUACGCCACAUCCUUGCGUGGCAGAGUGCAGUAGGUUUGGAGCACAGGUGUCGUCGCUCCCAGAAGUUUGCUUUAAUCAUUUCGCCAAAAAAAAAAAAUACCGUUCAGGGUCAGAAACAGGAACAACCAGUACUUACUGUACUCAAAAUGUGUGUUGAGUUGCGUGUGUGGCUGUUGUGUCUCAUCAUUUAAAUAUGCAAGUGUCAUCCUCAAACAUUUGAAAAACACUUGUUACCAUUAGUUUUAAUUGAUGUAAAUCUAUUGAUGUUUUUAUAAGAGCGUGUGCGUGAGUGAGUGCAAUAAUCAUUGUGUGUGUGUAUGUAUGUAUGUUGUGUGUGCUCAACGAGAGAUUUGGGCCCAACAGAACAGAGAUACACGCAUGUAUUUCAAACGAUCAUUUUUGUUAGUGCAUGUCAUGAUUUGAAUUGUAUGCCUGUAGUGCUCAGGCAUCUUUUUUUUAUUGGCCUUGAUUACCACAGCUUGUACUCACUGCUUUUUUUUUUAGUACAUUUUUGAGAAAAACGAUACUUUUAUAACAUGUAGGUUUCAAAUAUUGUUCUCUAAAAACGAUUUGAAAGAUUUAGCUCCAUUGAGUUUCUUUCCAGACGUGCCAACAGGAAGUAGUACAAAAAGCACUACUUAAUUUUAAGAGGAAAAUCUCAAUUUAUGCCAUAUCAGAUGUCGGAUAUUUGUUUGGCUAGCAUUUUUAUGGAGAAAGUGUUAUUUUAUUUUGGUAUUUUAUGUUAACUUAAAAUGACAAAAAAUAAAUACAAAGUUAACAGCU